CAGGAGCGCGCGUCUGUCACUAUGGCGACAGUCAAUGUGUCUCGUAAUCGCCGUCAAGUAAAGUCCCACAUGAACAGGAAGAAAGGGAAUGUCAAAAAAGAGCCAUGAGUGCCUCUCGAGUCCUCGCGUUGUUGCCUGACAUCAGCGCCAACAAAAUCACUGACCUGGCUGUUAGGUCGCGCAGUCCGAAGAAAACAAGGACCACCCCACAGCCCAUAGACCACACUGGUCAAACUCCACGUCCAUCAAAAGAUGAAAUUGCUCUGUGGCGUAACUCGCAGCGGCAGAAUGUGUGUGUGGCCAUGCUGCGGCAGGGCUUCCACCUCUCCUUCCAGGAGCUGCUGUCGGUGCUCCAGCGCUUCGAGGAGACGCGGCAGGCCGGCGGCCCCGAUAACGCCCUCUGGUACCUGCCCCCCCUGCAGGAGCAGCCCCACAAGCUCCUCACCCUCCAGACGCACCUCACCUGCGCAGAGACCGCCUUCAGAACAGGGAACUUUGUGAAGGUGUACGAGGAGCAGCUGGCCCUGGCGCAGUACUUCACGGGCCCCGAGGAGGGCUGGAUCAGCCUGCACUUCCACCUGCAGGCCCUAGCCUCCGCCCAGAAGGUCAAGACCGACGGCGGCCGCAAGGAGGCCGAAGCCAACGCCAACCUGGCCAGGCUGUACCUAGAGCAAGGGCAGCUGGGCUUGGCCAUGGAGCACUACGAGGCAUUCCACAGCCUGGCGCUGGAUAAGCCGUGGUGGGACGCGGCAGGCCACACGCUGGACCGCUGUGCCCGCGAGGGCCUGUGUGCCGUGUGCAUCCAGCUUGCUCAGGGGGAGCUAGAGAGACAGGAGUUCAUUGAGGCCAUACAGGUGCUCAACAAGGCCCUCAACAUCGCCAAAGAAGGGGAUGACCAGGAGAUGCAGGGGGAUGUGUCCUACUGGCUGGGGCUGGCCUACCACGGCCUGGGGGAGCUGGAGAUCGCCAGAAAGUACUUGACCACGUCACUGAAUGUCAGCACGGUUCUAGGACACAUCGAGAGCCAGGGGCGAGCCUUCAAAGCUGUGGCCAAGGCACUGGAGAGUGACGGGAAGUUGUCGGAGGCGGUGCAGCACCUGGAGAAGUUGGCUGACGUCUCCCACACACACAGGCAGCAGGAGAACCUGGAGGAGGCCUGCAUGAACAUGGGCAUCAUCUACUGCAAGAGGGGCGAGUACGAGCGCGGCGUGGAGAGUCUCCAGAAGGCGUACGACAUCGCCAGGGCCACAGGCAGCGUGGGCAGCCUGCAGAGGGCACAGGCCUGCGUGGGCAUGGCCGACGCCCAGGGCAUGCUGCCCGCCUUCGCCGCCCACCUCAACGGCGGCCGUAGCCAUGACAACAACAUUCAGCCCAUCAUCACGUGGAAGGACAGCCGCCACAACACCUUCGACCAAUCGCAUGCUGCAGCAGGGAAGGAGAAACAAGAGGACACUAGAAGACCAACACUUAUGAAAAGAAGUUAGAUGGAAGACAGGAUAUUAUGAGCUGCGAAAAUCACAUUAUUAAUGAAUUGGGAAAUAAAUGCAAAGAUGCAUGAAGUAAAUUACAAUUAAUAAUAUUUAGUUUUAUUCACAUUUUUUCAAAGUUGUACAUGAUCUGAUUUGUCACACAUGCUUCAAACAAAGUAAAGUUUAGGCAUUGAUGUUUGGGUAUAAGUUAACUCUUAUCAGCCUGGGCUAUUUAGUCUAGUAAAAUAUUAAAUUCGUGUGCUCAUAUCAAUAUUCAUGCCACACCAUUUCAUUCAAUUUAAAUUACAUUUUGUAAAGCAAGUGAAUAUGGAAAUCUUUAGAAUUUCUUUCUCUUUUUUAAUAUUGUCAUUGUACUUUUUACUGGUAAAAAUAAACAAGUUACACAUGUAA